AAAAUAUUUAACUUAUUAUUAUUAUUAUUAUUAUUAUUAUUUUGGUUGAGAUUGUGUGAAACCAUGAAUGUUUCUUAUGAUGGAAGAGCUAUCACUUUCAAUGGAAAAAGAAAAAUCUUAUUUUCUGGCUCCAUUCAUUAUCCACGUAGUACUGCUGAGAUGUGGCCAUCACUGAUCAAGAAAGCCAAAGAAGGUGGACUUGAUGUUAUUGAAACCUAUGUUUUUUGGAACUCUCAUGAACCGCAUUAUCGUCAGUAUGACUUUACUGGGAAUCUGGAUUUAGUGAGGUUUAUUAAAACAGUCCAAAAUGAAGGACUUAAAGCCAUGCUUCGUAUUGGUCCAUAUGUUUGUGCAGAAUGGAAUUAUGGUGGAUUCCCAGUGUGGUUGCACAAUAUUCCUGGCAUUGAAUUUAGGACGAACAAUGCUCAAUUCGAGCAUGAGAUGAAAAACUUCACAACCUUGAUUGUGGACAUGAUGAACCAUGAGAAGCUUUUUGCAUCACAAGGAGGACCUAUUAUUCUUGCUCAGAUCGAAAAUGAGUAUGGAAAUAUUAUGAGUUCUUAUGGUGAUGAUGGAAAAAAAUAUGUUGAUUGGUGUGCAAACUUGGCUCAAUCUUAUCAAGUUGGUAUUCCAUGGGUUAUGUGCCAACAAGAUGAUGCUCCAGAUCCAAUGCUUAACUCUUGCAACGGUUUUUACUGUGACCAAUUUUAUCCUAAUAGCCAAAACAAGCCUAAGAUGUGGACUGAGAAUUGGACUGGCUGGUUUAAGAACUGGGGAGGACAAAUUCCACAUAGAACUGCAGAGGAUGUUGCUUUUGCUGUGGCAAGGUUUUUCCAAUAUGGUGGAACAUACCAAAACUACUAUAUGUACCAUGGAGGUACCAAUUUUGGAAGAACUUCAGGAGGCCCAUAUAUCACUACUUCAUAUGACUAUGAUGCUCCUUUGGAUGAAUAUGGUAAUUUGAAUCAACCUAAGUGGGGUCAUCUUAAGAAACUUCAUGAAGUUCUGAAAUCAAUUGAGGAUGUUCUUGUUAAUGGUCACCGGAGAGAUGUUGAAUAUGGUAACAUGGUCACGGCCACAAUUUAUAGCCAUGGUGGAAAAUCAGCUUGCUUCCUUGGGAAUGCAAAUAAUUCAUAUGAUGCUUCAAUUAAUUUCCAGAACAAUCAAUAUAAUGUUCCAGCUUGGUCUGUGUCUAUUCUUCCAGAUUGCUCUAAUGAAGCUUAUAGCACUGCCAAGGUGAAUGUUCAAACAUCCGUAAUGGUGAUGAAGGAGAAUGAAGCUGCAGAUAAUGAUGAUGAAUCUUAUAAUUUGAAAUGGCAAUGGAGACAUGAACCUUUUGAACAAAUGAAAAAUGGAAAGAUUCUUGGUAAUGUUGCCCUAAGUGCUCCUCAGCUUUUGGAUCAAAAGGUUGUCACAAAUGGUACCACUGAUUACUUGUGGUACAUUACCAGUGUUAAUGUUGAUGAUAAUAUUUGGACCAAGAAGGAUGUUCAGCUCAGAAUCAAUACCAAUGGUCACAUACUUCAUGCAUUUGUUAAUGGAAAACAUGCAGGUUCCCAAUAUGCUAAAAAUGGACAAUACCAAUUCUCUUUUGAAACCAAUGUCACAUUGAAGGCUGGGACCAACGAGAUUUCUCUCCUUAGUGCCACAGUUGGCUUACCAAACUAUGGUGCAUACUUUGACAAUGUGGAAGUGGGUGUUGGUGGUCCAAUUCACUUGGUAACACACGAUGAAAGUGGUGAUGAGGUGGUGAAGAACAUCACAAAUAAUGUGUGGAACUACAAAAUUGGAUUGCAUGGUGAAAAUGCCAAACAUUAUGAGAUGAACAGUCUUGGUUGGCUCAAAACAGGUCUCCCAACAGAUAGGAUUUUCACUUGGUACAAGACAAAAUUCAAUAGUCCAGUUGGAAAUGAUCCAGUAGCGGUGGAUUUGAGUGGUUUAGGAAAGGGUCAAGCUUGGGUUAAUGGCAACAACAUUGGUAGGUAUUGGCCAACUUAUCUUGCUGAUGAUAAUGGUUGUUCUUCAACUUGUGACUUCCGUGGUGCAUAUACUUCUAGCAAAUGUGCUACCGGUUGUGGAAAGCCUACUCAACAAUGGUAUCAUAUUCCAAGAUCAUUCCUUAAUGAUGAAGAAGAAAAUGAGUUGGUAUUGUUUGAAGAGAUGGGAGGACAUCCAUUUAACAUAAAAUUUGCCACAGUGACAAUUGGAAAUAUAUGUGCCAAUGCUUAUGAAGGCAACACUUUGGAACUUAGCUGCCAUGAGAAUCAAGUCAUUUCUGAAUUCAAAUUUGUAAGUUUUGGUCAACCACAAGGUCAAUGUGGAUCAUUUACUAAAUCCAAAUGUGAAGCUCCUAAUACUUUGCAACACUUGAAGAAGAAAUGUCUUGGUAAAUCCAAGUGUUCUGUUCAUGUCUCUGAGAAAAAUUUGGGAGCCACAGGUUGUAAGGUUGAGCAGAAUAGACUUGCAGUUGAAGCUAUUUGUACUAUUCCAGUCAACUAUUAUGCAAAGAAGAAAUAG